AUCACAUGACCGCCCUUCUUCAAUUCCUCUCAAACUAAAAUCUUUCAUUUUAUUUUCUACAGUUUUCUUUUGAUUUAUUUAAUUUUUCUCUUUUCAAUUUUCAAGUCCCCACAAACACAGUCUUGAAUCACUUAAUAAUAAGCUCUUUUAAUUUGUUCGAUCCAUCUCUGCACAAAAAUUUACUAAAUAUAAAAGAAAAAUAAUAUACUAAAAAAUAAUGAGCUCUUCAGGUGGUGCUGGAGGUUUGAACGGUUCUAGUGCUAUGGAUUCCCUCCACCAAAAUACACACUUUAACUAUCCUUCUUUCUCCUUCCCCGAUCAUCAUUUUUCCGACGACAACGCGAUCAAGAACGACGUUAAUCAUCAAGAUAAUGGUUUUUAUUCAUCACUUUGGGAUGUCAUUGAUGACGGCGACGACAAUGCUGAAAUCCCGAAACCGCCUUCUCCCGCUUCUCCUUCGUCGUUCUUUACCAUUCCUCCGGCGGCGAUAAGCCCUUCCGUGCUGUUGGACUCCCCUCUCUUCUUCUCCAACUCAAAUGUUCUUCCAUCCCCAACUACAGGUGCAUUUGGUGGAUUAAUUAAUGAGUGCUACAAGGAAGAAGAUAGAGUGGAUAAUGAUAACUGCUUCCAAAGUAGGGGUGCUGCCUCUUCAUCCAUGUUCCUACCAUCAUCUGAAGCAACACAUUCAUCAUGGCCGGAACAAGAAAUUCCAAUGCAUCAACCAAGCAUGGGAUUUGCCAACUUCUCCCCCACGAAGGCUGAGAUAAAACCAGAACUGUCUGAAACCCAUACUACCAUCUCCCAUGAAAACGCAGUCAUGCACCAGAAACCCACACAGAACGUUAGAGCACAAAAAGCCGAGGAUGGCUACAACUGGAGAAAGUAUGGACAGAAACAGGUAAAAGGAAGCGAAAACCCACGAAGCUAUUACAAAUGCACCUUCCAAAACUGCUCCACUAAGAAGAAAGUUGAGAGGAACUUGGAUGGACACAUUACUGAAAUUGUGUAUAAAGGCAGCCAUAAUCACCCCAAGCCUCCUCACUCGUCUACUAAACGGUUGCUUAUUGGGAGUUCUCAUCAACAAACGAGCUUCAUUGCGCCUGAAAAUUCUACAGUUUCCUCCGGCGAUGAGGAUUUUGAGCAGGGUUUUAUUUUCAGAGAUGAUGAAGAAAAUGAGCCAAGUGCUAAAAGAUGGAAAAACGAAGAUGAAAAUGCAAGUACAACUGUGCGGCAACCACGGAUUGUGGUUCAAACAACAAGUGACAUUGAUAUUCUUGAUGAUGGUUAUAGAUGGAGAAAAUAUGGACAAAAAGUUGUGAAACAAAAUCCAAAUCCUAGGAGCUACUAUAGAUGCACGCAUCAGGGUUGUCUGGUGAGGAAACACGUGGAGCGAGCUGCCCAUGAUCAUCGGGCAGUGAUCACAGCGUAUGAAGGAAAACACAACCAUGAUGUUCCUGUAGGACGUGGGAGUGGGACCUCCCUCAACAAACCUCGACAACAACCUCAGUCAGGAGAUUUCAUGAUCACUAAUACAGCACCUAUGGUGGCGUUGAGGCCCUCAGUAUUACCCAGCUACUCAAUAAAAUAUCAAAAUCUCUUUCCUAACGUGGAUCCACAAACCUCACAGAGUCAACAACCAAUUACUUUGCAAAUGUUACAUAGACCCACGUGGAAUUUACAACACUCACAUUUGGAGAAUUCUGAUAGGUCCAUUGAAAAAGAGGAACCUAAAGAAUGAAGAACUUUUUAGGUCUUUCAUAAUAAACUA